GAUUUAGUUCAUUUAGUUCAAAAGCACGACGUACACAGUUGUUCCAGAUUUACAGGGCCCCUCGUUUCAACUCAACAUCUAAUAUAAUUGCGUUCUAUAGCCAAUUUUAGCUAUGGAUCAAAAACAAAAGUCUGUGGAGAGUGUUGUAUCAUCACAAUCGAGUAGCAGCCGUCGUGUAAUGUGGAAGGUGCGCGACGGGGAAGAGGAAGUUUUUGAUUCGGUGGUUAACUAUAGAAGCAUCUCGAAUGAGUCCAAGGGUUCCUCCAGAUCCACUUCCGAUCAUAACCUGCCGAGCACAAGCAAUCCACAAGUCUUGGGCGCUUCCAAUAGUAACUUUCAGUUGAUAAUGAAGGAGCAGACCCCUACACAGGAGUCGCCCUCCAAGUCGGCCACCAGCCUGGCAAUACGCUAUAAGCCCUCGCACGAGUCAGUGCAGGAUUUGGCCACCGCAAAGCGGGCACGUGCUAUUGGAAUCUGGCAUAGUUUGUACGAUCGGAUACGUAGCAAGAAGUUAGGCGAUGAGGAAUCACCAUCGCUAGCGUUGCGGUACAGGCCAUCUCACGAGUCCCUUAAGAAUCGACGCAGCAAGGAUUUACUCGGGGAGCACUCUUCACCAAGAUCGGCAAGCUUGUCCAAGCCCAAGCUCGCUGUUGCCGAUCUGAAACUGGAGACGUGUUUCCUUCCGCCCUAUCAGACUGCUGUAGUGCGCAAGGUUGCACCCAAGUUUGCCAACCGCAUAUGUAUACUCGAUGACAGCGAUUCGUGCUGCUCGGGUUCGCUAGAGGUACGAAUCCCGUUGCUGAAACCGUCCAAAUCAAAAAAACUAACUGGUGCAAUCGAUUUGUCUACUUCGACUGAGGCAAAGAAUACCAACUCAAAGACCAAGCGGCGCACCAAGACGACUGCACCGCCAUCAAAUGCAGGCACAUCGAAGGGGAAUGGGACCAAGACCACGGCAACUGGCAACAGCACGAACAACACUUUGCCAACUUUGCGGCAAAGACAGCUAGAACUACAUCGUUUUCGCGUGCUAAUUGAGAAACGUCGCUUGGAGCUGUUGGAUUUGAAGAUUGUGCGUGAACGGGCUGACGCUUUGCGCCAUGAAAUACUAUUCCACAAGGACUUGCAGCUGAAGCAUAACCAAAUCAAAUCAUACGAGGACAACAACAGCUCCCAGGCCUGAUUGAAGGACAUUCUGUGCCCUAUAAAAUUUCUAGUAGCUUUGAAAAUCCAAGUAGUUUUAUAAAAUCGCUUUGUUCAAAUAAAACGCAUAAAAGCCGCGAUGCCUAAUAGAACAUGCAAA